AUGAAGUGCGUGACAUGGCCCCGUGAGGUUCUCCGCAAACACCGGAAUUCAACUUCCCUUCCCCAACCUGACCACUUCACCAUGUUCGAGCGACGAGCAGGAGAUCGUUAUCGCCUUCGCAUGCACCGCGCGCGCUCAGCGGUCCUCACCUCAGAUGAAAUCGUCGAAGUGCGCGCAGCCCAACGGACCUUCGAAGGGGCGUAUGUCCGAACGGCACUCUCCCAGUUUUCCUUUGCCCUCGUGGUGUUUAAGAUCUUCACCGCCGAGUUCUACAGUAUCGGGGCUCUCUUCGCGAUAUACGGCACGGGGGUCCUGAUCAUCGGCCUCUUUCGCCGCUCCCAAGGCAACAAACAAUUCUUUGCUGAAGUAGGGGAGGACGGAAUCCAUCGCCAUAAGUUCCGAACCAGUGGCAAUGCAGUGCUCGUGUUGACAGCGCUGAGUAUUGCAGCCUACGCGUGCUUGAUUGGCUUGACCUUGAACCUGAGCACCUGA